AGAUUGUUGAAGUUCUACUCGAGCAGCCGAUACUCGGAUGUCACUGUCAAAUUAGGCGAUCUAUUGCUGCCCGCGCAUCGGAUUAUCCUUGCACAGAACUCUGUCUACUUCAAAAGAGCCUUUCUUGGACGCUUUCCUGUCGCGUCCAGCUCCAUCAUUGAUCUAGGUGAAGACGACGAGCCUGAUAUGGUCCGUGCAAUGAUCAAGUUCAUGUAUGGUGGUCGAUACAUCGACUACAGUCGUUUGCCUGGCGGGAAUAUCGUAGAAGCAAUGGUCGACAUGUUUGUACUGGCUGACAAGUACGACGUUGAGUCUCUACGAGUUUCUGUGUGCAACCACUUCACCCGCGCAAUGGACAUUGCCUUCUCUAAUGUUGGCAAGAACCUUACUUACCAACACUGUUUCAUCACCUCGAUUAUUCCUAGGAUUUGCGGACCCUCUGCCCUUCAGCUCGCUGACAAAACACUGCAACAAUCCAUCCUGGAUCUAUGCAAGGAGCAUUGGACGACACUGCAUCGUGAUCCUGACUUCUGCACCUUGUAUGGUACUGGGCAGUUGUUUGAUGGUGAU